GAGCCACGCGGGAGCCCCUCCUCUCCUUCCCACUCAGUUGCCAUCCCUACAGUUGCCCCCUCCCCCAGGCAGGCCAGGACUCUCCCAACAAAACCAGUCCCAGCAGAAAAAGCCCGGAGAAAGCCAGUCGGCUGCAGGCAUGUAAUACAUAGGGACACAGUCGGCUGGUACACCUUGGACCUCCUGGGACAGCUGAGAGACUUCGCCACUGAGAAUACAGACCUCCCAGGGUACCAUGAGCACAGGGGGCUCCACCUUCCCCAGCUCUCCAACCUUCUUUAUGACUCCUAUCACUUCUGGGACUUACACCCAGGCUGCUGACCCUGUACCGGUUCUCAUCGCCCUGGCCUGCAUUUUUCUGCUGUUGGCCUCUUGCCUGCUCUUCAUGAUACUGUGUAAGCCAGCUGCCCUGGACCCUGGUCGUCAAGGGGCCCGGGAAUGCAUGCCACAUCACCCAGUAAGCCCCAGUGAGCCCAGGCUCCGGCUCUGGAAGCGCCUGGGCUCGCUACGCCGUUCUCUGCACAGCUUCCGGAGAGGCAGGCCUGCUGUCCAGCAGUGUCCCCUGCCGGGCCUUGAUGACCACCAAGGUGACUGUGACUUCACUGAAGCCACCAAGAUGUGAUACAGUGCUCAUCCCCACACAGGCUCACCUAAGACCAUCCUAUCUCCGAUGGAGCCUGGCAUCACAGGCUGUAGGAUAGUGAUACCCUGGACCCCUAUAUCACCCCGAUAUUUCCCUGUGUGUCCAGUCCAGACUCUGGCAGCCCCUGCUUCUGCUUACUAACAGGCCCUUGGCUCAAAAUACACACAGGCCUCUAGACCUUUACUCUGCGGCCCCGAGGUAUAACUUGGGGCACCACAGCACCCUCUUUGGGAAGCUAGGUAUCUACUGAUCACAGGAAUAGCCCUCUCUGCACCUCCAGAAGCCUUGCUCAUCUUCUGAAGGCCCAGCUUAGAACAGCUGCUGAAAGGUCCAGACAUCUCAACCAAGUGGGAUGUUUGCUUAGCCUGGGUCUACACUAGCCUGCAUCUGUGUUAACCUAGUACCCCAGAGAAAGGGACCCAGGGAUCCUUUUCUUGACCUUCCUGCCCCUUCUUGUGGACCUGGUUGGUUGCCAGCCAGGGGCCUGGCAAGUAUCAACUUGUGAACCUGGGAACCUCCUUUGUGGCCUCCUGUCAAGACAGAGUGGGAGGGCCUGAAGACAUUAGCCUACAGAAAAAGUUUCCUAUGUGCUGAGUGUGGUAGUUCACACUUAGGUAAUCCCAGCAUGUAACAGGGCUGAGGCAGGAGGAUUGUUCAAGGUAGCCUGGCUAUAACGUGAAAUCCUAAUUCAAAUGAAAUCAAAGCAAGUUGGACAAACAAAUAAAAAGGAGACUUUUGUCCAAGGCUAGAUGGAGGCCGUAUUGCUGGGAUAGGAGGCUGGUCACUACCAGUACUGGAGGGGAUGCUACCUGGACUCCGAGGAUGGUACCAUGUCUCACUAGGAAAGAGGUGACCUCUCUCAGAUAGCAUGGACCAGACCUCUCAGGACAUCGGUAGGAUCAAGACUGGCUGGCACUAGCUGUGUUCUAUGUGUUAUGGCAACGACUUCAUCAAAUGACCCGUCGAAGCUGGCCUACUGCAGUGUGGUGUGGGCAGCUGGGAAUCUCAGCCUUCUGUCCCAUCUUCCACGGCCAAGGCCUUCUGCUACAUCUCAGACUUGAAGAUUGGGCAGAGGGAACCUAAGAUGCUUAGGUCUUGUCUCAGAGCUGCACACCCCAACUUGCUGUGACCCAGAGUAAAGUCACCCAAUAUUACCAAGGACUAAGCUCUGGUUUUGCUGUUCCCUAGAUCCAGAGCCCUCACUGGCUCCCUUAGCCCACUGGAUGUACCUAGAUCGAGACACCGGAAUGAGACAGUAGCUACAAUUUAUCUGCCUAGCCUCAUCCUGACCAGACACUUAAGGCAACUGAACGAUCUGCCCUCCCUGUCUAUGGUUUAAGCUUUGCUGGCACCUGUGUUGUGAAGCCUUCUUUGUUUUGCAAUAGAACUGCCCUUCCGUCUGGA